CGCCAAUGGGCGCCGGCCCCAGCCGCCGGUGGGCGCGGCCGGCUGGAGAGGGAGAACAGGAACCGCGGCAGGCUGGGGCGCGCUGUCGGGGUCGGGUGCCGUGCGCGGCCGGAGCAUGUCUGGCGGCAGGAGGCAAGUGUUCAUAGGAAAAGUAUUGAAGAGGCUCUUUGCUGCUACUCCCUCCACUUCUCAUGUGCCUUUUCCAAGUGGAGAAGAGAUGGUUCCGAAAAAUCUAGCCUCAAAACCAGAGCCAAAGGAUUUUGAGAAUGCUCAGGCUUCAUCAGAAUGUGCCAGUUCCCCAGGUAGAGAAAAUGAGAUCCUGCUUCCAAGAAGGUUAUACACAGUAAGCCUCCCUCCUGAAGGCUAUGUCCCAGAUAUUCAAAGAACUGGGAGUCCCACAAAUGCUGAAAACUCAGAAAGUAGUGAUGAAGUAGCAGAUGAAGGUUCUCAAGGACAACCCAAGAGAAGGCGCAUUCGAAGGAAGAAACAAAGAAAUAUUGUUGGAAAUCCUGAAAAUGUAUGUGGAGGACAAACUGAAUCUGGGAAGCAUGAGACUCUGUUUCAAGAUAAUUUACAGCUGCAGCAGACAGAAGACACAAAAAUAAGCAAAAAUAAAAAGAGGAAAAUGAAAAAGAAACGACAAAAAGAAAAAAUGAGAGCAGCUGGCUUGCUAACAAAAACCACUGCUGUGGAUUUUACAUAUCAGCCUGAGAAGGACAACAGUGAGGAAGCAGACAUUAAAGACAUAUAUGAAAAAGCAGAUGGCAUUUUGGACUUCUUGCGGGCAACACAAGAAAUCUAUUUUGCUGACAAUAAAUCAACAUGCACAGAUUCAACUAUGAGUUCAGCAACCUUCCAAGAUAUUUUACAACAUCUUCAAUCUCACAGCAUGGCUUCCUCAGAUGUGGCACUUCUACAUCAGAUGAAAUCCCUUGUACUUUUGCAGGAUAUUGAGAGACUGAAGAGUGUUUUGGAACAAUUCCAGGAAUAUUCCAUGAUGCUGCCUGAUCACGCCAAGAUACUCUCUUCUCUGUUCCACUACUGGAUUACAGAUAUCCUUCCUGUGAAGAACAGGAAAUAAAGCAUAUGUGUGUGUCCAUCUGUGCAGAGUUAAAAUGUAAUAUACAAACUAUAAGCUGAAUAACAAAUGUUCAGAGAUAGCAGUGUAUAUGUUGAAUAUUCAGCAAGGUAAAUGAGGUAUUUUUUCUAUCAUUGACUUACUCCAAAAGAUAAUGUACAAUAUAAAAGUACUUUGAUUUUGUAUUUGGUUGGUUGAGAACAUCUUACAUAUGGGCAUGUAUUGACCAAAUCAAUUAACAUUAGACCCUGAAUCAGCUGUUGGAUCUAGGCAAACAGAUGCAUCAGUUUGCAAGAUUUAGGACAUACAGGAUGGUUUCUAGGGUGCUCAGUUCCUUUUGAUUCAAGAGUUACAUUAAAUUUAAGUGUUUAUUGAUAAUUCCUUACUAGAAAAUGUGGUUCUUAGCCAUUAUUGAUCAUAGGGUAUCAGAAUGAUUCUAACUAGAAUGAUUCUAACUAGAUCAUAGGGUAUCAGAAUGAUUCUAACUAGAUUCUAACUAGAAUCUAACUAUUUGUAAAGUAGCCCAACACUACCCAUAUAAAAACCUUUUUUGAGUUGCUUUUAAUUUUGCCAAACUUCAAUCAUUUGAGCUAAAAUUUUCCAUCUAAGUGUCUGCUACAGUCUAAGUCUUUUUGAAAACUUCAGCCACAACAGUUCUACUGUUCUCAAGAAAGACAAGAAGGAAACUAGUUAUUUCUUUAAAUUUUAAGAACAUCUUUCUAGCCAUGCUAUUUUAUUAAAAAUUGUAAUAAUUUUAAAUUACAUAUAUAUUUAUAAAUUUAAAAAAAUCUAGUAAUCUUUUCUUUAGAAACCUCUAGUUCCUGCAUGCUCCGUAGCAGGUACUUGAAAUUUGUCAAGGACUGGUGGUAUUUGUGGCAGGUGUGUGUCUCUUGUGAUUAUGAAAAUCUAUUCAAAUUUGGCAAAGUUGUAAACCUUUGAAAAAAAUCAUAGUUUGCACAUGAUCUAUAUAGAUUUCCUAGAGUUUAAUAGCUACCAUCUUCAAAGAUUCCAUCUCCUCACAAUUCCCGUGUGUGACUGGAUUUGUAUGCUCUCUCCAAUCUAGAGCUACAGGGUGAAGUCUGACUUUUCCUGCAAUGGCUACUCUGGACAAGGGUGGAGCUGGGUACCAGAAAUAAGCACAGGAAACUUGUCUUUCUUAAGCCUUUAAUAACCACCAUAUUGGCCCCUAGGCUGGGAGUGUAGAGACAGACUGGGACCCAAGAUAGAGAAGGAGACUAGAACUUACCCCUGCAACUUUCAUUCAGCCUGUUUAUACAUAUGCAUUAGUACCACCUUUUAAUUGCAUGAUCAUACACAAUCUCCGUGGGGUAAUUGUAUCUGUCUAUAACUGUAAAAAUAAGUGGUCCUGUGGCACCUUAGGGUAUGUCUACACUACAGCACUAAUUCAAACUAACUUAAUUCGAAUUAGUUA